GCGCCCUGUGCCGUAAUGCGUGCGGUAAGAAGAGGCUGUUCCUCGCUGCUCCUGGGUGGCGGAGUGUCGCGGCGGUGCGGCGGAUGCCCUGUCUGGGCCGCCCGGGCCCAGCCACGCCGCUGCUUCUUCUGGAAGAGGUGGCAGAGGACCCACAGCGUGGUGCGGCCGGCGGUGGUGCGGCCCGCCUACGCCGUGCCCAAGCACAUAAUGAGGCCAGACUACGUGACGACAGGCCUCCUGCCAGAGUGGGGAGACUACAUCGAAAUUAAAGAUGAAGAUCAGAUCGACGGGCUACGGAGGGCCUGUCAGCUGGCACGCCACAUCCUGCUGCUGGCGGGGACGAGCCUCAAGGUUGGCAUGACGACGGACGAAAUAGACUUUAUUGUUCAUCAAGAAGCAAUCAGACAUAAUGCCUACCCCUCUCCCCUGCGCUACGGAGGCUUUCCGAAAUCCGUCUGCACCUCCGUGAACAAUGUGGUUUGUCACGGUAUACCUGACAGUCGGCCUCUGCAAGCAGGAGAUAUCAUCAACAUUGAUGUCACUGUGUAUCUGGAAGGUUACCAUGGCGACACCUCAGAGACGUUCUUGGUGGGCGAGGUGGACGAGCGCGGCCGGUCGCUGGUGGAGGCGGCGAGGCGGUGCCGGGACGAGGCGAUCGCCGCCUGCAGGCCUGGUGUCCCUCUCUGCGUCAUCGGGAACACGAUCAACCAGAUAGCAGACUCCUGUGGGUUCCAGGUGUGUCCAUACUUCAUCGGUCAUGGCAUUGGAUCUUACUUCCAUGGUCACCCAGAGAUUUGGCAUCAUGCCAACGACAAUGACAUGCUUAUGGAGGAGGGAAUGGCUUUCACAAUAGAGCCCAUCCUAAUGGAGGGAUCGUCUGAAUUUAAAAUCCUAAAGGACAAAUGGACUGCAGUUUCUGUCGAUGACAAAAGAUCGGCCCAGUUCGAACACACGGUUGUGAUCACAUCAGAUGGUGUGGAGAUCCUGACCAAGUUGCCAGAGGAGGACGGGCCGUCACGGGGGAAGUUUGCCUGAGAGGCUCAGAGCUGGGAAGCAGCGGCAGUGGAAUUUUACAGUCUUUUGUACAUCAGCUGUGUAAAGGAAUAUUAUUAUUUAA